UGCAUUGGACUGGGGUUGCUUUCUUUAUUUGACUCAAGAAUAUUUGCAAUCAACAAUCUCUCUCUGAAUUCGAAAUUUGGAAUUUCGCAAAAUUGAUAGAGAUUGGGUGCUCAGCGUAUAUCUUAUUCGUCUCUCUCGAGCGCGCAUUCAUGUAGUGCCGCUCUUCUCAGCUUUUCGCCGAAGCCGCUCACACAUGAAUUUUUUUCUUGGCUGUCAAGAUGCCGGAGAUUCAGUUGGGUGCUCACACAUUAAGAUCUCAUGGUGCUCAAGUAGCCAGGUUUCACAUGCAUGAUUGGUUUAUACUUUUUCUGCUUGUGGCGAUCGACAUCAGCCUGAAUGUCAUCGAACCAUUUCACCGGUUUGUUGGUCAAGAUAUGAUGACUGACCUCAAGUAUCCGUUGAAAGAUAACACCGUUCCCAUUUGGGCUGUUCCAAUAAUUGCAGUAAUAUUGCCUCUCACUGUCAUUCUUGUCUUCUACUUCAUUCGACACAAUGUCUAUGAUUUACACCAUGCUCUGCUGGGACUGCUUUUUUCUGUACUUAUCACUGGUGUUCUCACUGAUGCAAUUAAAGAUGCUGUUGGCCGACCUCGACCAGACUUCUACUGGCGUUGCUUCCCUGAUGGUAAACCGGUAGUCCUGUUGCUUUUUCAUAAUGUGACAGGGAAUGUCCAGUGCACUGGAUCAAAGAGUGUCAUAAAAGAAGGUCAUAAAAGUUUUCCCAGUGGACAUACUUCAUGGUCCUUUGCUGGGCUUGGCUUCCUGGCCUGGUAUUUGUCUGGUAAAAUUAAAGUGUUUGAUCGCAGAGGCCAUGUAGCAAAGCUCUGUCUCGUCUUUUUUCCAUUACUCUUGGCAGCAUUAGUGGGAGUUUCAAGAGUUGAUGAUUAUUGGCAUCACUGGCAGGAUGUCUUUGCUGGAGGUCUACUAGGGUUGACAGUUGCUUCAUUUUGUUACUUGCAAUUUUUUCCUCCACCAUAUGACAUAGACGGUUGGGCACCUCAUGCAUAUCUCGACAUGGUGGCAGAGUCACAGAGUGCAAACCACGCAUCUUCGAACCAUGGAAUCCAUCUCGCUGUACAAGAGUCGGAAUUUGAGAAUGUGUAAGUCUCUUAUAUCAAGUAUGGGAGUCCAGAAAAUGAGCUAGUGAAUGCACAUAGUAGAGAGAGGCUAUUACAUUUGCUAGAAGUAGAACUACUCUUACUAUGAUGAUUUGGCAAUGAUCAGUAGCAAAACUCGCAGAUUUUAAUAGUAUUAUGAAGAUUGUCAAGUAUGGCUGCUACUAGAUUUUUUCUACUUGCUGAAUUCUAUAGAUAUUUUGGACUUGAUAACGUGAAAGUUGAAACAGUCCAUUUCUUGCAUUUCAA